CGCUGCCGUCCCAGGUACAAAAGACAACAGGUGAGGGCACAAGAGCAGUACAGGUCACUGUCGUCUCAAGCUGAUGUCUGUAAUAGUCAAGGGUGUCCUCUCCAUCAACAUGAAGCUGUGUCUCCUCAUCUGUGUGGUAAUCGCUGGCACUUUGGGUGAAAGAGCAGGACAGUGUCCAGAACCUUCUGGACUCAUUACUGAUUGCCGUUUUGAUCCUAAGGUCAACUGCAUCUUUGACUCCGAUUGUGCAGCAGGAUUGAAAUGCUGCUCAGAGGGUUGCGGCAAGGUGUGUAAGGUGCCGCUGCAAGUUCACUCAGGAAGGUGCCCCAAGCCCAGCGGGAUGGUUGGCCCCUGCGUGAUUUUGCCCAACAGCUGCAGCAGUGACGCCUCGUGUGCCCCGACGAGAAGUGCUGCAGUGAGGGAUGCGGCAAAGUCUGCAAGAAAGCUGUUUAGCCCUCGAAAUUAUAAGUUUACCCUCAUGUGAACAUGCUGAGGUGGAAAAUUAAAAACUACUGAAGAUG